UGUAUACCACUACAGACUAGUCGAACAGGAUGUUUAACUGUAAAUGUGUGCGACAUCGAUACUUUAACGGGUUUAUCAAUGCCAGAUGCAAGUCCUCCGUUAACCACUUUACCUGGUACAGGAGCAAAUGAAUCUCGUACAACGGUCAACGAGAUUGAGAUGGCAGCCGAAUCUACAAACAUUCAAACUGUGAGUUUGAUAUCAACAACACUUUUAACGUCGAAGCCUGCAACACCUAAUGGAGAUAACCAACAUUUAAAUACGGGAACAGAUAAUGUACCACAUACCAUAAAACAUCCUUCUGUCACGUGCUCUACACCAGUAACAAGCGCAAGCAUUUCUGGUUGCGAAUCGUACCUUGCUUCGGAGUCUGCACAUUGUGGGCCUGAACUAAAUCCAUGCACAACUACAAAAGGAACAACUUUAAGCACAAAAAAAAUUGUAACAUCACAUGGAAUGGACACAAUUUCUUUGGGUCCCCCUUUAACUCCCGUUACUAUAGCAUCAUUACAUGGAUCAUUUGCGGAGCGAACGUCUAAUGUAGUUCUAUCAGCAAACUAUAACCCAAAUGAUCAUCAACAGCUAAUUAUUGAUGGGAGAACAACCGCUGGUGCUGUAGAGCCGCACAAGAAUGUAAAUGUUUCUUUGUCAACAUCUUCUUCUUCAGUCGCUAAUGGAUUCGUCUGUACUCACUCAUCUGUCAGUUCAUCAGCUGCUGGAAAAAGUCUACUGAAUGUUUCUCCUCAUUCAGGAAAUAAGGUGUUGCCCAUUCCAUCUAAUACGGUAGUUGGUUCAGCUGUAGUGGCGGCCUCUACCAUAACGAAAACAUCUGUUAGUACAGGAACUAGUUCAGUAGGGGCAGCGGGCUCUUCAUUGGUGUUUCAUGGGGCAGCCCCACUGAUGUCUCACUCGAGUGCAGGGUUGCCCAUGUUAAUUCAAGCAACGCCAUACCGCUCUCCUUUCCCUAAUUAUUCAACUUUAUAUACACCCUAUAAUAACAUAACUCAUGGACAAUACCUUCCAUCAGUGAUAUCAAUGGGAAAUUCUAAUACCUCAUCUUUAUCUCAACGCUCGGAUAAUCGCAGCUGUCGGGAGACGCAGCCAAUGACAUCUUUAAAAAUGCCAGUAACAAGUGCAUCUACACUGAAUCAGCAAAGUGCUAACAUUGCAGGAUUGCGACCUAUAACACCACUAGGCUAUAUGAUUAGCAAUAAUAGUACAACGCAGGUAUUAGGGACCAUUCCUAUAACAACAACGACCGUACCUUCGUUACAUUCGACACAGUCACAUCUCUUACCAGCUGCAUUUAAUACUUCAGCCCCGGGACCACCAAUUUCAACAACACAAUUGUCCACUUCCGCAGGAAUUACAGUUGUUACUUCGCAGACGCAACCUUGUGCACCAAUUCUUCCUCAAACUGGAUAUCAAUCCCAUGUUCCUCAAGUAAUAAACUCAUAUCCACAGUUCGCGCAUUCAACAUCGACAACUCAACAGUCACUUUUGCGUUGUACUACCACUUCAACGAUUAGUACAAGUAAUACAACAGUCCUUACUGUACAAAGUUUAAUAACAGCGACGCCAUCGCCUUCAAUAAACACCUCUGUUGCGCCAUCGUCUGUGAUUCAAAAAAUACUUUCGCCUAAAAUUGACAGUAGAGAUCGCGAAACAAGUUACAG